GACGCGUCUUGUGGACUUGUCCUUUCACAAAUCCUCCCUGCGAAGCUCGGUGGCUAACGGUUAGCUUUUGUUGAGCAAGCUAUCAGUGGUUAGCAGUGCUGCGCCGGAAACGCAUUCGUUUGUCCUUCAGAGUAAUCGUGUUAAGUGGCGACCGUAGCAAAACACCACCCGAGCCUUCAGCCCUGUAUUUGAUGUAUUACUAAGACCGUAUCGCAUUUUUGUCUGGGUGGCGUUUCAUCACCUGUUUAUGUGGCGUUUGUGCCGCUGAGCGUUGCUUUAGGUUUAACAAUAGGACCGGAAGUGUGGAUGAUUUCCGUGCGCUUGGCGAUGAUGCGUUCAAAACCUCGCUCAUCUUCCGUGUUUGUGUUUGCGUGGAGCGGCCGAUGGUAUUAAGACCCUGGAACAAUGAGACGUGUGUAGCAGGACGCGCUUGACGAACGCCGCCGGUGAAGUGGAUCCUCGCCCGAGGCUUUUAUUGUCGUCUCUGCCUGCGUGUCGGGCAUCAGCUGGUUGUUGGACUCGGAACAUCUGCAUCCGGACUGGGUCUGCGGGUUCUGGUUCUGGCAGCGUCAGUCACCUCGGCGUGGGGCCGGUAGCCGCCCAGGAUAGUGCUGGAUUAAGAGAUUGAGUUGGGGUGUCAUUGUUGACAUCCCAGCGUCACUGACUUUGUCCAAGAGCUGUGAUGUCAUGGCAGCCGCCAGCGUGACCAGACCCGGUGGUGGCCAGCCGGCCGAGAAGUCCCAGCUCGUCCUGAAAGUGGUGUCAGCGAAGCCACAGUCUCCGAAGCUGCCGAACCGCCACUCUCGCCUCAAUUCCUUUGUGGAGGUGACGGCGGACGGCCUGACCAGCGAAACCAAGAAAACAGGCAAACGCAGUGGGCACCUGGAGCUGCAGUGGAACGAGGACCUCACGCUCAACGUGACGCCGCAAAGUCGCCUGGAUCUGAAGCUGUGGAGCUGCCACACCCUGAGGAAGGAGCUCCUGGGCAGCGCCACCAUCGACCUGCUGGACACGCUGCGCACACACCAUGGCAAAGUGGAGAACGUGCAGCUGAGUCUGGUGCUGCAGACGGAGAACAAAGGUUCAGUUGUAGCGGGCGGCGAGCUCAACGUCUGUCUGGACGGCAUGGUUGUUGAUCUGGGCUCCUUGCCCAAUGGCAGCGCGGCUGCGGCAGACAAAGCGCUGCAGUCGGAGCGGCCCAACCUGAGGAGGACGCAGAGCGAGGAGAGCUCCAGCGCGGCCGCAGCCAACAGCAGGAGUAACAGACACUCAGUGGGGGGCUCACAGAGCGGCUCUCCAGGUUCUGCUCCGGUGGUCUCGCUCACCAACGGGGACGUGAGUGAGCAGCAGGCUUCCGUCUCUGGACCUUCUGCACGCCGGCGCUCCUCCAAAAUUCACGACAGUCCAGGAAACGGUGGAGACAAAGUGGAGCUGACCACCAACGGGCUGGACUCGAGCCGAGGAAGCGCGGCCCGCCACACUCCUGCGCCCGCCUCUCCUUCAGGUCGACCCGCCGUGCCCAGCAGCUCCAGUAGUCCCAGUCCACAGGCGGCCGGAUCGGGCCCCCCGCUGGAGCCGGCGCCCCCUCCCUCCUCCAACAGCGAGCCGGCCGGCGGCACCCCAGAACCCCCGACAGAGUCCCUCCCCACCGGCUGGGAGCAGAGGGUGUUGCCUCAUGGCAGAGUCUACUAUGUCGACCACAACACCAAAACCACCACAUGGGAGAGACCACUGCCUCCAGGCUGGGAGAAGCGCGUGGACCAGCGGGGCAGGUUCUACUACGUGGACCACAACACCAGAACCACCACAUGGCAGCGGCCCACCGCCGAGUCGGUGCGCAACUACCAGCAGUGGCAGAGCCAGCGCAGCCAGCUGCAGGGCGCCAUGCACCAGUUCAGCCAGCGCUUCCUCUACCAGCCGUCCGGCGCUCCGGUGGAAAAUGACCCGCUGGGCCAGCUGCCUCCAGGAUGGGAGAAGCGGCAGGACAAUGGCAGGGUCUACUUCGUCAACCACAACACCCGGACCACGCAGUGGGACGACCCGCGGACCCAAGGGAUGAUCAAGGAGCACCCUUUGCCCCCGGGCUGGGAGAUGAAGUACACCGCCGAGGGAGUCCGAUAUUUUGUGGACCACAACUCGCGCACUACCACCUUUAAAGACCCGAGACCCGGGUUUGAGUCGGGGUCACGGCAGGGGGGGUCGCCCGGCGCCUACGACCGCAGCUUCAGAUGGAAGUACCAUCAGUUCCGCUUCCUGUGCCACUCGAACGCGUUGCCAAGUCACGUGAAGAUCUCGGUGUCCAGGCAGACGCUGUUCGAGGACUCCUUCCAGCAGAUCAUGAACGUGAAGCCGUACGACCUCCGCCGGAGACUCUACAUCAUCAUGAGAGGAGAAGAAGGUCUGGACUAUGGCGGCAUCGCCAGGGAGUGGUUCUUCCUGCUGUCCCACGAGGUCCUCAACCCCAUGUACUGCCUGUUCGAGUACGCCGGCAAGAACAACUACUGCCUGCAGAUCAACCCCGCCUCCUCCAUCAACCCUGACCACCUCACCUACUUCCGCUUCAUCGGACGCUUCAUCGCCAUGGCGCUGUACCACGGGAAGUUCAUCGACACCGGCUUCACGCUGCCGUUCUACAAGCGCAUGCUAGACAAGAAGCCCACACUCAAGGACCUGGAGUCCAUCGACCCGGAGUUCUACAACUCCAUCAUGUGGGUCAAGGAGAACAACCUGGAGGAGUGCGGGCUGGAGCUCUACUUUGCUCAGGACAUGGAGAUCCUGGGGAAGGUGACCACGCACCAGCUGAAGGAGGACGGCGAGGACGUGCUGGUGACCGAGGAGAACAAGGAGGAGUACAUCAGCCUGCUGACCGACUGGAGGUUCACACGCGGCGUGGAGGAGCAGACCAAAGCCUUCCUGGACGGCUUCAACGAGGUGGUUCCUCUGGAGUGGCUGAGGUACUUCGACGAGAAGGAGCUGGAGCUGAUGCUCUGCGGCAUGCAGGAGAUCGAUUUGGCCGACUGGCAGAAGAACACCAUCUACAGACACUAUACCAAGAACACCAAGCAGAUCCAGUGGUUCUGGCAGGUGGUGAAGGAGAUGGACAACGAGAAGAGAAUCCGGCUCCUGCAGUUUGUGACGGGGACGUGUCGCCUGCCGGUGGGAGGCUUCGCCGAGCUCAUAGGGAGUAACGGGCCCCAGAAGUUCUGCAUCGACAAGGUGGGGAAGGAGACUUGGCUUCCAAGAAGUCACACUUGCUUCAACCGGCUGGACCUGCCGCCGUACCGAAGCCAGGAGCAGCUGCGGGAGAAGCUGCUGUUCGCCAUCGAGGAGACGGAAGGCUUCGGCCAGGAGUGAGACCCACGCCUCCAGAUCACAGUCUGAGCUGCCGGUGGACACACGCCUCCCUCCCCCCACACACACAUGCCUCUCUAUCCUUGUGGGGACCUCUCCCCCUAAACCUAACCAUCCAAAACACAUGGCUCACCUGAACCAGGACUCUGAACCAAACCCAGUCAUUUUGAAGUUUGCAUCCUCAAAACCUCAUGAGGACCAGCUAAAAUCUCCUUACAAGCUCUGUGUCCUGUCAGAGAUGAGUCCUCACAAGAAUAUAAAUACAGGUUCACACACACACCAUUUAGAGGUAACCGCUCAUAUGGCUCAAACAAACAUGGCUGGUGAGAGGAGGGUGUGUGUGUGUGUGUCGCAGAGAGAUUAUUCUUGUCAUGAAGACGAGCUGUGAUGGAGUUUCAUGAUUUUCUGUUGAUUGUAUGAUUCUGCGUUUCUUCCUGUAUAUAGAUGAAAUAAAAAUGUCGAUCUUCAA